CAGUGGGAACCCAGCAUGGCGCGCAAGAAGGUCCGCCCGCGGCUGAUCGCCGAGAUGGCCAAGCGCGUUCGGGCCCUGCGGGAGCAGCGGGAGCGGCCGCGUGACUCGCAGCGCUAUGCCCUGGACUACGAGACGCUGACGCGGCCGCUGACGGGCCGCCGGCUACCUCUGCGGGCCAGUGCGGACGUGCGCCGCGAGAGCCGCCUGCUGCAGCUCCUCGGCCGCCUGCCGUCCUUCGGCCUCGGCCGCCUGGUCACGCGCAAGUCGUGGCUGUGGCAGCACGAUGAACCGUGCUACUGGCGUCUGACGCGCGUCCAACCCGACUAUACGGCGCAGAACUUGGACCAUGGCAGAGCCUGGGGCGUCCUGACCUUCAAAGGCCAGACGGAAAGCGAGCCCCGGGAGAUGGAACAGGUCAUGUACCACGACUGGCGGCUGGUGCCCAAGCAUGAAGAGGCAGCCUUCACUGCGUUUACGCCCCCCAACAAGGAGCCCCCGCGCUGCGUGCCCUAUCCUCCCCUCCUCAGAGCCAUGAUCCUGGCCGAGCGGCAGAAGCGGGGGGACGCCAGUUCGGAGGAGCCCACGCUUAAUCUGGAGAGGGUGCCCGUCAGGCCCUGGGACUACCCCGCCAAACAGGAGAGCAAAGGCAAGGCCAAGGGCACGCCCGUCUAAUGUGUCAGGACCGGCCGGCCGCUCAGUCCCCUGAGAGUUGGGAUGCGAUAACCACAUCAUAGAGUCUGACUGUCUGUGCCACUUGGUGUUGGGGGGUGGGGGAGGGCGGGGCGGACUGGUUCCCUCCCUCAAGUCUCCUGUGUCUGGAUGCCCCUGGACGCUAGUGGACUGGUGGCCAGCAUCAGAGUGCCGGAGGGGCUUCCUUCCCUCGUGUGUUCCACGGAGCUAGGCUUGGAAGCGAAUAAAGGCCACUGAACUAC